AUGGAGAACCUCAUAGCAUUGGUGAACAGACUGCAGAGAGCGUGUACCGCGCUCGGCGAUCAUGGAGAUGAAAGCGCGUUGCCCACUCUCUGGGACGCCUUGCCUUCCAUCGCCGUUGUUGGUGGUCAGAGUUCUGGAAAGUCUUCAGUGCUCGAGAGCAUUGUGGGAAAGGACUUUUUACCUCGAGGAUCUGGCAUUGUUACCCGACGUCCUCUUGUAUUACAGCUUCAUCGGAUUGAUGAAGGUAGAGAAUAUGCAGAGUUUGGACAUCUUCCAAGAAAAAGGUUCACUGACUUUGCUGCUGUGAGAAAAGAGAUUUCAGAGGAGACUGAUCGAGAGACAGGCCGUUCAAAAGCAAUUUCAACUGUUCCAAUUUAUCUCAGCAUUCACUCCCCUAAUGUUGUGAAUUUAACAUUGAUUGAUCUUCCUGGACUUACUAAAGUGGCUGUUGAUGGCCAACCCGAAAGCAUUGUGCAGGACAUUGAUAACAUGGUUCGCUCUUAUAUUGAGAAGCCAAACAGUAUUAUUUUGGCUAUUUCUCCUGCCAACCAAGAUCUUGCAACGUCAGAUGCAAUCAAGAUUUCUCGUGAAGUAGACCCUAAAGGAGAGAGAACUUUUGGAGUUUUAACUAAGAUUGAUCUCAUGGACAAGGGUACUGAUGCUGUAGAUAUCUUGGAAGGAAGAGCAUAUAAGCUGCAGUUCCCUUGGAUAGGUGUUGUUAAUCGCUCUCAACAAGAUAUUAAUAAAAAUGUUGACAUGAUUGCUGCUAGACGUCGAGAGCGGGAGUAUUUUGCUCAGACACCAGAAUAUAAACAUCUUGCUCACAGAAUGGGUUCUGAGCAUCUUGGGAAAGUUCUAUCCAAACAUUUGGAAACUGUCAUCAAAUCUCGAAUUCCAGGCCUUCAGUCACUUAUUAACAAAACUAUUAUCGAACUAGAAUCUGAGUUGAGUCGUCUGGGAAAGCCCAUUGCUACAGAUGCUGGAGGAAAGUUGUACAUGAUAAUGGAAAUCUGCCGUGUAUUUGAUGGAAUUUUUAAAGAACAUCUUGAUGGAAGUCGACCAGGUGGUGAUAAGAUAUAUAAUGUCUUCGAUAACCAACUACCUGCUGCAUUAAAGCGGUUGCAGUUUGACAAGCAUCUUGCCAUGGAAAAUGUGCGGAAAUUAAUAACUGAGGCCGAUGGAUAUCAGCCUCAUCUUAUAGCUCCCGAGCAAGGUUACCGGCGUCUCAUUGAAACUGCCUUGAUUACUAUUAAAGGUCCUGCUGAGGCUGCUGUUGAUGCGGUUCAUGGGAUACUGAAGGAACUGAUUAACAAGUCCAUUAGUGAGACUUCGGAGCUGAAGCAGUAUCCCUCUCUCAGGGUAGAGGUUGGGAACGCAGCUGUUGAAUCAUUAGACAGGAUGAGGGAUGAAAGCAAGAGAGCAACAAUACAGCUAGUAGAAAUGGAAUAUAGUUACUUAACUAUAGAUUUCUUUAGGAAGCUUCCUCAAGAUGUCGAGAAGGGCGGAAAUCCAACCCAUUCAAUUUUUGAUCGAUACAAUGAUUCAUAUCUUCGACGAAUCGGAUCGACUGUUUUGUCUUACGUCAACAUGGUUUGUGGAAGUUUGAGGAACUCAAUUCCAAAGUCUAUCGUUUAUUGUCAAGUCCGAGAGGCAAAGCGCAGCUUACUCGAUCACUUCUUCACUGAAUUGGGCAAAAAAGAGGGAAGACAGUUGAGUACGCUAUUGGACGAGGAUCCAGCAAUCAUGCAGCGUCGUGUUUCUCUUGCAAAGAGAUUGGAGUUGUACAGAGCUGCUCAAUCAGAGAUCGAUUCAGUUGCUUGGUCGAAAUAA